AUGUCAAAUACUAAUAGACUAAGUUUGAGAAAUAGUAGGUCAAGAAGUACGUCAUCGUUCCAACAAAUCCCUGAAGAUCAACAAAUUCAAGAUAAUCAAAGAAUUCAAGAAUUAAAAAAUGAUACAGUUUUAAAUAAUAAUGAUAACAAUGAUUCAAAUAUAAGGUCUGAUCAAAAUGAUGGAUGGAAUAGUUUUCUGAAUUUUGGAUCUGAAUUUUUGGAAAAUAAAGGUUCAGUUGCAAGAGAUCAUGUAUGUAUUACAACUCACCCUCAUGGCAUAAUAAAAUAUUGA